GAGAGGUGAGCCAUCUUCCCCCGGCAGACUGACACUCAGCCCGGACGGAGACACCGAAAAAUACCGACAGGAUUUCGGCGAGGUUGGAGUGAGAGUCGCUGAAGGAACGGAGGACAGGCGGGAGUGAGAGAUGAAGAUUAAUGAAGGAGUCUUCACUGUUUGUGACUGAGGAAUAAACGAUCUCUGAGCGGCGGACAGAGGCUUCACUCUGGUACAAAGAAAACAGUGAGCCUGCAGAGGAUUAUUACAAUCAUAUGGACCGUGUCAGUGUUUAAAAAGACCCGGGAUAUAAGCGUUAUAGAACAGUUUCUUUCCCCAGAAGAACCGAGCGGAGCACCACCUCUGCUUCAUGUAAACAAACCGAUACUCCGGCUAGCCGGAGUUAGCCCGUUAGCUCUGUGCUGCUAGAUCGUUAGCUAACCUUGAUGUAGUUAAAAAGAGCUAAGGGAUCGCGAGCUAACCCAGUUAGUUUUGGAUUAUAAACCGAAGAUAACCUCAGAUUAUCGAAGUGCAGUGGAUGACAGCUGUCUGUGCGUUUUAUAUGCAUUUAUUAGCAUAAUUAGCCUUUAAGCUAACCGCGGCUAACUGUUAUUUGUGGUAGCAUCUCGGCAUAUAACAUUAAUCUAGUUUAACAGUUAGAGGACAAAGAAGACACUGGACAGAGUUGUUUGUAUCAGACAUCGAAUAGUUUGAAAUAUGCUGACAUAAAGAAUUAAGCUCUCCCAGGAUUAGCAUUAAAAUGCUAGUAGAAAAGCUAACGUUAGCUAGCAGUGUUGUUUGAGUAUGAAAACAAGUUCGAGGUUUAAUCAGUCAGCAGUGAUGCAUACAGACACUAGUUAAUUUAGUUUAAACUUUAAUUUCAUGCCGUUGAUACUAACGUUUUAGCUGCUGAGUGUUAGCAGCAGCUCUAAACUGAUAUCAAACAGGUCGGUAUGGACUGAUCGAUUAAACUGAUUAAUUAAUUAAUUAGUUUUAUUUAUAAACCAGCUGUCAAUCACAUGACUGAUUCCGCACAGGCUGUGUUUACUGUUAUACAGUAUUGAUAUUACAUAUAGUGCAUAUAUCCCUCUGUAUUAGUGUGGUCAGAGUGUAGUAUGGAGGCCCAGCAGUAAGCCUCUCAGCAGUGUUUUGGUCUCCUGUGGCCGCCCCUCCCCCCUCCGAGCCCGGACUGACCUGCCCUCUGUCCCCGUACCACAACCCUAACCCUAACUCCUCACACCCUGUUUCCCCGGACUCUCUCUCUCUGUUUCCCCGGACUCUCACACUUUGUUUUCCCGGGUUCAGAUAGGACAGUCCCGGGGCUGUGAUCGGGUAAACGGUGGAUGUGAUGGAACUGAUGUUCGCCGAGUGGGAGGACGGGGAGAGGUUCUCCUUCGAAGACUCGGACCGGUUUGAGGAAGACUCUCUUUGCUCCUUCAUCUCCGAGGCCGAGAGUCUGUGUCAGAACUGGAGGGGCUGGAGGAAGCAGUCUGCGGGACCAAACUCCCCCACCGUCAAGAUUAAAGAUGGUCAGGUGAUCCCACUGGUUGAGCUGUCUGCAAAGCAGGUGGCGUUUCACAUCCCGUUUGAGGUGGUGGAGAAGGUAUACCCACCUGUCCCUGAACAGCUGCAGCUCCGUAUCGCCUACUGGAGCUUCCCUGAGAAUGAGGAGGACAUCAGGUUGUAUUCCUGCCUUGCCAAUGGCAGUCCGGAUGAGUUUCAGCGUGGGGAGCAGCUGUACAGGAUCAGAGCGGUUAAGGACCCUCUGCAAAUUGGUUUCCACCUUAGUGCAACAGUGGUGUCGAGUCAGGCCGGUCAGUCCAAAGGAGCGUACAAUGUGGCGGUCAUGUUUGAUCGAUGUCGCAUCACUUCCUGUAGCUGUACCUGUGGGGCGGGGGCUAAGUGGUGUGCCCAUGUGGUGGCGCUGUGCCUCUUCAGGAUCCAUAAUGCGUCAGCGGUGUGUCUCAGGGCCCCGGUCUCUGAGUCUCUGUCUCGGCUGCAGAGGGAUCAGCUGCAAAAGUUUGCCCAGUACCUGAUCAGUGAGCUCCCUCAGCAGAUUCUGCCCACAGCUCAGCGUCUGCUGGACGAGCUCUUGUCCUCUCAGUCUACAGCCAUCAACACCGUGUGUGGCGCACCAGACCCUACAGCUGGCCCCUCAGCGUCUGAUCAGAGCACCUGGUACCUGGACGAAUCGACACUCAGCGACAACAUCAAAAAGACUCUGCACAAGUUCUGUGGGCCCUCGCCUGUCGUCUUCAGUGAUGUGAACUCCAUGUACCUGUCGUCCACGGAGCCACCGGCUGCAGCUGAGUGGGCGUGUCUUCUGCGACCACUGAGAGGACGAGAGCCUGAAGGAAUCUGGAAUCUUCUGUCCAUCGUGAGAGAGAUGUUCAAGAGACGAGACAGCAACGCUGCCCCGCUGCUUGAGAUCCUCACCGAGCAGUGCCUCACCUAUGAACAGAUAAUCAGCUGGUGGUACAGUGUUCGGACAUCGGCGUCUCACAGCAGUGCUAGUGGACACACCGGGCGCAGUAAUGGCCAAUCCGAGGUGGCAGCUCAUGCGUGUGCGAGCAUGUGUGAUGAGAUGGUGGUGCUUUGGAGGCUGGCUGUGCUGGACCCCACCAUGAGCCCCUGCAGGCGUCUGGAGCUGGCGGGGCAGCUGAAGCAGUGGCACCUGAAGGUCAUAGAGAUCGUGAAGCGGGGCCAGCACAGGAAGUCCCUGGAUAAACUCUUCCAGGGGUUCAAACCUGCCGUUGAGUCCUGCUACUUUAACUGGGAGGCUGCCUACCCACUGGAGGGCAUCACCUACUGCAGCGCUGACAAGAAGAGCGCCACCUUCUGCUGGUCCAGAGCAGUGCAGCUACAGAGAGGAAACAGAUCUAUUUCAGGAGGGGGCGGGGAGACAUCAGAGGGAGGGGUAGGAGCAAGAGGAGAUGGAGGGGCUGAUCAUAAAGGCAGAGGGGGCAGUCACUCCUCCCAGCAGGAGGUGGCUGUACGACCCAAAGAGACCAUCUUGACUAAGAGGAAGGGUCUGUCGGUGAGCGGAGGUGGUGGCAUGCUGGUCCGGCUUGGGGGGGCAGUAAGUCUGUCCCUGGAGGAUGGUGGAGGGAAGUGCAUGUACAAAGGACCUGGAUCCUCCUCUGGAGGGAAGCUGAAGCUGACUCAGGGGGGAGGGAAGGGGGGGUCAACUGGGGGUGCAGGAGGUGGGGGGUUGAGUGGGGGGAAACAUGGCAGUGCUAAACGGCGGACAAGUAGUGAGGACAGUUCGUUAGAGCCCGAUUUAGCCGAGCUCAGCCUGGAUGAUGGCUGCAGUCUAGCUCUGGGCGCUGAGGCCAGCAACACAUUUGAGUUCCUGCCCCCUCCCCCUGAGAUGCUGCCCUCCCCUAGCCCACUGCUCCGAGACUCACGCAAGUACAGCGGAGGGGGCAAGAUGUUCGAAUCAAAGCGUGUGAGCCACAUGUCCUCUGCACCUCCCCCAGCAGAGCCUCCUCCCCCUCACCUACCCCCUAAAGAGACUGUGCUGGUGGUUAUGGACUCUGCAGAGAAGGAGGCCGAGUUACAGGUUGACCUUCAGGUGGAGGCGGUCCAGAAUAGAGAAGAAGAAGUAGACCCUGCCAGCAGUAACCAACCCUCCACCUCAGCCUCUACCACAGCAAGAACUGAAACACCUGCCAAGCCCUCGCAAGGCCGCAGGGAGGCAGGAGGGUCUGCAGGAGGUGGGACAGCAGCUGCACCUGGAGCAGAAGCUGCAGGAGGACCUCCGGGAGGUGCAGCGGGAGGAGGAGCUGUGGGUGAAGAUGACUAUCAGGCAUACUACCUGAGCGCUGCCUCAGAAGACGGAGCAGAAAGACAGCUGGCUGAAAACCACCAGGAGGAGGAGCCAGACAUCUUUGCAGGGAUCAAACCGCUGGAGCAGGAGGGACGAAUGGAGGUGCUGUUUGCGUGUGCCGAGGCGCUCCAUGCCCAUGGUUACAGUAAUGAGGCAUGUCGACUGGCGGUGGAUCUAGCCAGGGAUCUUUUAGCAAACCCUCCUGACCUGAAGGUGGAGCAGCCACAGACAAAGGGGAAGAAAAGUAAAGUGUCUACCAGCCGUCAGACUCAGGUUGCCACCAACACGCUGUCUAAAGCCGCCUUCCUGCUCACUGUCCUCAGUGAGAGACUGGAGCUCCACAACCUGGCCUUCAGUACUGGGAUGUUCUCCUUGGAGCUGCAGAGACCACCUGCUUCCACCAAGGCUUUAGAGGUGAAACUGGCCUAUCAGGAGUCGGAGGUGGUGUCUCUGCUGAAGAAGAUCCCUCUGGGUUUGGUGGAGAUGUCUGCCAUCAGGGAGCGAGCAGAGCAGCUCCGAGACGGAAACUUCUGUGAUUACAGACCAGUGCUGCCACUCAUGUUAGCAAGCUUCAUCUUUGACGUGCUAUGCACCCCAGUUGUGUCCCCAACGGGCUCCCGCCCACCGAGCCGCAACCGCAACAAUGAAAUGCCGGGUGAUGAAGAGCUGGGCUUCGAAGCUGCUGUAGCCGCUCUUGGUAUGAAGACCACAGUGAGUGAGGCAGAGCAUCCUUUGCUGUGUGAAGGCACUCGGAGGGUCAAGGGUGACCUGGCUCUGGCCCUGAUGAUCACCUAUAAGGACGACCAGAGCAAGCUGAAGAAGAUCCUGGACAAGCUGUUGGACCGGGAGAGUCAGACUCACAAACCUCAGACCCUGAGCUCGUUUUAUUCAAGUAAACCUGCAGCAGGAAGCCAGCGUAGCCCGUCCAAACACACUGCCGCUAGCAGCCACGGUGGUGUGGGUGGGGCCACAGGGGGGGUCUCUAAACAUGCCCCUUCGUCCACCUCCUCUUCUGCAGCCACUGUAGCCGCCGCCUCCUCCUCCUCUUCAGCUGUGACUCUGACAGGGGAGGACGUCUCCCAUCAGGACCUGAACCCCGUACAGACUAGAGAGACCGGAGAGACACCUGAGACGGGUGAGACGGUAUCAGAUGGAGCUCCACCCACCGAGCAGCAGACCGAGUCAGCUCCGUUCAAACUGGAAACCACAGUUCCCAGUCGACUUGCUCUGGGAGCUCGCUGUGGAUACAGUCAGCGCUGCUGGGGCUCACCUGUACGCCAGAAGAAGAAGCACACAGGUAUGGCGAGCAUUGACAGCAGCGCUCCAGAGACGACCUCAGACAGCUCGCCCACCCUCAGUCGUCGCCCUCUAAGAGGGGGCUGGGCAGCAACAUCAUGGGGGAGGGGCCAGGAUAGUGACAGCAUCAGCAGCUCGUCGUCUGACUCACUGGGGUCCUCCUCCUCCAGUGGCUCUCGCAGGGCAGGGGGCGGAGCCAGAGCCAAGAGCACAGACACCAGCAGGUAUAAGGGGCGUCGCCCUGAGUGCCAUGCGCCCCAUGUGCCUAACCAGCCCUCUGAGGCAGCGGCUCAUUUUUACUUUGAGCUGGCAAAGACGGUUCUAAUCAAAGCAGGGGGGAACUCUUCAACGUCCAUCUUCACUCAGCCAUCAGCCAGUGGGGGCCACCAGGGGCCGCACAGGAACCUGCACCUGUGCGCCUUUGAGAUUGGACUGUACGCUCUUGGACUGCACAACUUCGUCUCCCCUAAUUGGCUAAGCAGGACAUACUCCUCCCACGUGUCCUGGAUCACAGGUCAGGCUAUGGAGAUUGGUAGCGCUGCUCUUAACAUCCUAGUGGAGUGUUGGGAUGGUCACCUGACUCCACCUGAGGUGGCGUCCCUAGCAGAUCGGGCAUCCCGUGCCAGAGACCCCAACAUGGUGCGAGCGGCCGCUGAGCUCGCCCUCAGCUGCCUCCCCCAUGCCCACGCCCUGAACCCCAACGAGAUCCAGAGGGCGCUGGUGCAAUGCAAGGAGCAGGAUAACGUGAUGCUGGAGAAGGCAUGUAUGGCAGUGGAAGAGGCAGCUAAAGGGGGCGGGGUCUACCCUGAGGUCCUAUUUGAGGUGGCCCAUCAGUGGUAUUGGCUGUACGAGCAAUCAAUGGGUGGAGGCUCCGGCCAGCAGAGGGAGACCUCUGGGCGCUGCGGGGCAAAUGGUGGCCCGGGUAGAAGGCCGGUGGAAACCAGCUGUGGGGUCCUCGAUGGGGGGGCCAACAUGGAGUCAGGGGGCCUUGCCACUGUCACAGCGUCAGUCACGGCAGCAGCUGUCGUGCCUGUCAUCUCGGUGGGCUCCACCAUUUAUCAGUCCCACCCGCUCCCUGGUCAGGCAAUGGCCCAUCCCCACAGCCAGGGACUUCACCCAUACACCACCAUCCAGACCCACCUCCCUACCGUCUGCACCCCUCAGUACCUGGGACACCCUCUGCAACAUGUACCCCGCCCUGCAGUCUUUCCUGUGUCGGGCGCUGCCUACCCUCAGGGAAUGCACCCGGCCUUCAUCGGGGCCCAGUAUCCAUUCUCCGUGGCAGCUGGUCCUCAGCCCCCUCUUGCAGCAACGGCAGUGACGUUCCCCGGCGUCCCUGUUCCGUCCAUGACGCAGAUCGCCGUCCAUCCGUAUCACACAGAGACCGGGCUGCCACUCAGCACCACGGUGGCAGUGGGAAGCGUACACUCUGGCCCAGCCCUCCAGGCCCUACAGGGGGCCUCUCUGCCCUCACUCUCCUCUCAGCCUGCCUCGUUGGUCAGCACAGCAUUCCCCUCAGAGGACGAGCAGCACAGCCAGCCAAUCAGCCAGCAGGGCUUACACUACCUGCACUCUGCAUACAGAGUUGGAAUGCUGGCUCUGGAGAUGCUGGGCAGACGAGCUCACAAUGAUCACCCCAACAACUUCUCCAGAAGCCCACCCUACACUGAGGAUGUCAAGUGGCUUUUGGGACUCGCUGCCAGACUCGGGGUGAACUAUGUGUAUCAGUUCUGUGUGGGAGCAGCGAAAGGCGUCCUGAGUCCGUUCGUCCUGCAGGAGAUCAUCAUGGAGGCUCUACAGAGGCUAAACCCUGCCCACAUCCACGCCCAUCUGAGAACACCUGCUUUCCAUCAGUUGGUGCAGCGCUGCCAGCAGGCCUACCUGCAGUAUAUCCACCACCGGCUGAUCCACCUGACGCCUGCAGACUAUGACGACUUUGUGAACAUCAUCCGCAGCGCUCGGGGGGCGUUCUGUCUGACGCCGGUCGGGAUGAUGCAGUUCAACGACGUCCUGCAGAACCUGAAGAGAGGCAAGCAGACCAAGGAGCUGUGGCAGAGGAUCAGCCUGGAGAUGGCCACCUUCUCUCCCUGAGGGGUAGGCUGAGGCUUUUCUCCCUGAUGGAGGCUUCUGAGGACCACAAAAGGAAAAUGACAGGGGCUGUGAGGGGAUCUGAGACCCCCACCCCACACCCUCAUUUUAUCUCUGAGACAAAAACAUGGUGGAUCUAUCAGGGUCCUGACCCUGAUACAGACUGCACAGAGGAAGUACAAUCAGACCCCUUCCCUUCACGUUUGUAUUUGUGUUUCCGUCAUCCAAGACUUUAAGGAGGGGCUUUGUCCUCCAUCCUCCCCUCGCCUCCUUCUUUGUGUCCUCCUUUGUUUCUUCUGUUCUUCGAAUCCGUCUGACUAGUCUGUGUCCUUCCUGUCUCUGUGGAUUUCUGCAUACCCAGAGCUUUAUUUUGAAACUCUUGCAGACUAAGAACUUCCUGUUUUUGUUUAAUCUUUUGAUACUUUAAAAGAACCUGAAGAAGAAGAGGAGUGAGGGGGGAGGAUGAUGAUAAGGGGCGUUUGUUGUUUUGAUCCAUUUUUACAUUUCAGUCUAAAACUCCAGAACCAGCCGACCCCUUUGGAUCCAGGGCUCAGUGAAGACCAUCAGGAUCAGACCUUGGGGACCAUGAUAUGUCUCAGACCUCCUGAAGAUCAACUUGGUGUGUGUCUGAGUUUUCUGUCCACAUGCUGUCUCCUCAUUUUUCCAAAUAACAUCUUUAUAUAAAAAUUUAAAUCGAAUUUUCUGUCACUGAUUUUUGGACUUUGACCAAAAUGAAAAAUGUCAGAGUUCAGUCUGAGAUUUAUUUUGAAGCAACAACAAGAUCCGUUUUAUUAAACUAGAAAAACAGAAAGAGAAGAAGCUCCUUAGUUUAAUCAGAAAAAAAAAAAAAAAAAGCUUUUGUUUGAAGUCAGGAGGUCUGACUCCCCCCUCCUUCCUCAUGGACCUUAACCCCCCUCAGUGUGGUUUUUGACCAUUAUGGUGCUGUUUCAACACAUCGACGCUCCAUCCAUCCCGGCAGCUCAGUGUUUCUGGCUUCUGAUUGGACGCCACAGGUUGUGAUCUUGACUCUGAUUGGAUGUCACAGGUUGUGAUAUGGAUUCUGAUUGGACGUCACAGGUGAAGGUGUGACUGCGUAGAAAAAAGUUCAGUGAUAUUUUUAUAUUCUUUACAGUGUAGCUCAAUAAAAAAAUUCUAUAUGUGAUUAAAAAGUUCUUAUUUAGAAAGAAAAGAAUAAAAAAAAUCAAAGCAAUACUAAAGUGUAGAGUUUACUUAAUA